AAGCUAUUAGCUUAGUCAUGAGAGUUAGGGAAUUACUAGGUUUGCAAGAUAUUUAACUUUGUAACAAUAUAUAAACUAAAUAUAAACACUGUUUUAAGGUUAAAACAACUCACUCUACACGGAGAUCUCUAAAGGAGGCCAAUGGGGGUUAUCAUUUAAUAUUAUGAAAAAUGGCGACAUCUAUCAUAUUUGCACAAGAUAUAGUUCGUUGUUAUCUAUGUGAAAAUCCUGGUGACCACCUCUGUCGACUUUGUCAGUUAACACUGUGUCUGGAAUGUACACCAAAACAUUUAUCCGAUAAAGGGACCACACAUGAAAUUGUAGCCUUGAUUUCGCAGACAUCAACCGACAUUGAGACACGCGUUGAAUGUGUGAAACAUGGCAAAUCUGUUUGUGAGAUUUACUGCAAUGACUGCCUCAUUCCCAUUUGUGCCAAAUGUGUCAUUGAUAAACAUAAACAACACACUCUCAUAUCAUUAGACGAAUUUCUAGAAAGGAAAAAAGGAGACAUUUUGAACGACAUCCAAGAAAUGGAAAGCACGGUUUUGCCGGAAUUUCAAAAAGAGAAAGUGGAGGAAUACGAAGAGGACUUUGACAAAACGAUGAGAAACAUUUGCGUUCAGGAGGAUUUAAUUUGCCAAGCUGUAAAGAACGCUGGCAAUGACUUAAGAGCCAAAGCAUCAAAACACAAGGCAGGCAAUUUAGAAAAGGCAAAUCAAAAUGCUAAUAUGGAGAAAGAGAUGUCCAUGCUCAUUCAAAAUGCCCGAGCAUUACUCAAAAGAAACGAUCCAAAAGAAAUCUUAACUUUUAAAGGAUUAAAUUGCAAGGUUUACCCAUGUCCUGUGGUUUUAAAAAAGAAAGCAUUGUCUUUACGACAUGCAGCAAUCGACGAAAAAGUUUUAUCAUCCUUGUUUGGCACACUUCUCGACACAGAAGAGAAGAUUGUAGUACGUAGAGGAGAAAACCUUAACCUACAAACCUGGUUUCAUGGGUUUAUUACAAGAGAAGAAGCAAAUCAACUUCUGAAGAAAAAUGGAGAUUUCCUUGUAUUUGAAAAAAUAAAAGACACAAAGAAAGACUGUUUUGUUCUUUCAACGUUUCAAAAUGGCUGUCCAAAUCACAUAAAGGUUUUCGAUUUGCCUAAAAUAGAAAUUAGUAUGGACCAUGAACCCACUUUGGUUGAGUUAAUUGAGCAUCUACAGUGCACAGAAGAACAGAUCUUUUCUAAUGGCACUCGCAUGAAAUUAAGAUUCCCCAUAGAUAGAAGUCAUUAUCAACUUGACUACGAUAAAAUUGCACUGGGCCAAAAGAUUGGGACUAAUAAUAAUUGCCUAGAUUUACACAAAGGAAAAUUUGGUGACCAUGCAUCUUUAGUUAUACAUGGCGAGGAAAGGGAAAACCAAAUAUUCAUAAACGUCGAGCUUCUGCGCCAUCUGGUCCAUCCAAAUAUAGUACGGCUGAAGGGGUAUUCAGCUCUACAGAAGCCAGUACUGCUGCUGUUACAUUAUAUGCCUGACUCGCUGCUGCAUUAUCUGAGAGAGAAGGGUGAAUCAAUAUCAACAAAACAAAGAAUACGCAUGUGUUUUCAUGUGGCAAACGGAAUGGCUUAUUUACAUCAGGAAAAAUACAUUCAUAGGGAUUUAGCAGCAAGGAACUGUUUGGUAACUGAUGAGGGUUUUGUCAAAAUCUGUGGAUUCUCGAUGACAGAAAAGGGAGAGGUUUAUUCUUACGAUAGGUCGGAAACUUUACCGGUGAAGUGGACAGCCCCAGAAGCUUUCAUUUCAGGGAAUUUUAUAUUGUUGAGUGAUGUCUGGAGUUUUGGAAUCCUGAUGUGGGAGAUAUUUUCGUCAGGAACUGAACCUUAUCUAGGAAUGAGUGGCAAGGAGACUAAAGAUAAAGUAACAGAAGGCUACAGAAUGGAAGCACCGAAAAAUACACCAAAGGCUUGUUACAAUAUAAUGAUGAAUUGUUGGGAAGAACGGCCUGCAUAUCGGAGCCACUUUGAAGAUCUCGUAAUAAAACUGCGGCAAUUACUUUAAAAGCCGUCAGUAUCGUCCAACAUUUCCUUAUUUUGGUUGCUGAAAUCAACUCACUUUAGAGAUAUAAUUAACUGGCGACAUGUAUAUCUUGCCUUUACAUUGUCUAUUAAUUAUGUGUGUGUGAUUUAUGUUCUUAUACAUUUUUUAUAUAUAUUUUGGAUCGUGUUGAACGUUCUAAAUCAUAAAAAAUUGAGUGCGAUCUAUGAGGAAGUAAUAUGUUCACGAGUAUGAAAUUCAUGUCUGUGUUGUACAGGGUAACUAGGAUGUUGAGCCAAAAAUCUACGAAAAUAAUGGCCGGAUAAUAUGUCAUUGAAUAAAGCGGCUAAAAACAUGUAACGUCUAUUUAUUUUCAAUUCAAAACUUCAUUUUGAUAUGUUUAUGGUAGUAUUUUGUAUUUUGAUAUUCAUGCAUGAUCUAUUCAUGUAAUUAAAUGAAAGUAUCCUAAUGAUUGUUAAAUUUAUUGUGUAAAUCAUUUUGUGUAUCUGUCUUAUGGACUUAUAUUCCCCGUGCAACAUUGUUUUGGAUAGCUUCAACAAGAGACAGACAAUUCGAGUAUUUUAAACAACUAUCUGAAAAAAUGUAAUAAACUGAAACCUAAUAUUUUUCAGUUGAAUACAAGGUUACGCCCUGCACGCGUGAGA